AUGCCACCAAAGACCGCAUUCUUUGCCCCCAAGGGCCCUCGCAGGUACAUGAGCACACGGCCGAAGCAAGCUUACCUGGUUGCCCGGGUCAAAGGCGUUGGCGGGCAAGGAAGCUUCCUUGAGAAGGACGAGACCAUCGCUGACACAAUUCCCGAAUUAUACGACAACGAACAACCACCAUUCUUCCAGCCUCGUGAGGAAUGGGACCACUGGGACCCGGCAACCUUCGAGUACCCUUGCACAACGGACGAUCGGCAAUUGAUCAAUCGAAAGCUGGGUAAGACUGAGCUCCAGCGAAGCUACUUCGAGAACCCAACCUUCGAUAUCUCCUGGGCGGACCACGUUGAAAGCCUUUGGUGUCUGCACCAGGAUCUGGCUUGCGACGACAAGAUGCUGCUUAAUAUCUCGAUUGGAGGAGUACUGCGGAUGCUCGCGAAUGGGCUUGAGAAGGUCGUUACAGUCACCAGGUGCGAGAUUGAGAUCCCCGGGAAGGAGUCAAAGUGCAAUUCCCAUUGGAAUACCCCUACGCCAUACCUGCCAGAUCAUUACGACCGGAUUAAAGCCUACUUCGACAUGGGGUUCUACGGGCCCAGGAGAUGGCGUGAGUCCCUUAUCGGGAAGAGAUUCUUCGCUGGCUUUGUCCGACACCGAUACAAUAGCCACUUCACAACCUUCAUUUGGGAUAGGAAGAAGGCAGACCUCUACCACUUUGAUACCCUACCAGAUGAUCAGAUGAUUCGAGCGAAGAACGUCUCCCUUGCCUGGAGAGAGCACCUUGCAGUGGCCGGACAACCUUACGACUUCAACUUUCACGCAAUCCCACUGACUCCGCAACGGGGAGCCUGGGAGUGUGGCCUUUUAUCUUCGUUUUGUCUCUUUCAGACCCUUAGAGGGUUAGUAGGAUUGAGUGCAGACGCACUUGCCCAACUUUGCCCCCCCACGACCCUGGAGAUCGACGGAGAGGAGAACGAACCAGUGGGAUCAUUUGAUCUAUUGGUCCGUGACUGGAUGCUAGACUCCUGGACCCGCGUGGGAAAGUCCAAGGAUAUCGCAUACGACGACAAUGUGGAAGUGAUCAAGGGUAUUUUUCAGACCAUGAUCAUUGACGAGAUCGGGAUCCAAGACGGCUACUAUUUGCACAGAACCGGAAGAGGACCUUUUGCGAAGCACCAAUCGACCUACGCAGACGAAGUCAAGUACAAACCAAGCUUCCCCGACGAAUUGAGAGCCACAGAAUGGCUCUACACUGACAUGGGAGGUUACAUGCCCGCAGAGCCGGAAUCCAUCGGUACUGUUAGCAACUGGACGAUUGAUCGCUUGAUCCCAGCCCCAACGAUAAAUCCUGGCGACAAGGCACUUCUUCCGCGAGGACCUGGGCCAUUAUCAGCCAUUGUCAUGGCUCCGGUCCUUGCAGACAUGCCUGAUGAUCUGAUCAGAUGGUACAAGCGCCAGGACUUCGAAAUCAAGGACAAUGUGCCAAUUUUUGAAGGCGGGGAACUCAUCUCGUCGGAUUCUUCGUCGAGUUCUGAAGUACCCGACCCGGGGUCGAAGGCAGCGGUGAAGAAGCCAGUGAACCCAGUGUCGAACCGCAAGAAGCAAUUGAUCAAACUCCCACGAUUCCCCCCGUCAACAGCGUCAACGGCGACAGGCAAGCCUGUCACCCCGGCACCUCCCGAGAAGACGAAGGACCCCUGGACUCCGAGCGGGCCUCUGAAGUCCCUCUCGCUGGGCACCCCGAAGCGCCCACGCCCCUCCUCGAAGAGUAGCUCUGAGUACGUGCAGUCGAGCUCGUCGUCAAGCUCUGGAGGAAAGGAAUCUAAGCCAGGGGCUCAGGGAGGCGACGAACCAGUUGAUCAAACGAUGACAGGUUAUGGUUGGGGCGAGUGCAAGGACGGGCGGCCCUACGUUGCUGAUAUUGUACCUGACAUUCGGGGCGCCGAACAGUUUACUUGCUCGACUUUGGAGAGCGAUGAUGAAUGCACUCCGGCAAAGAGAACAGUGGGCCCGGCCACGAAGAUCAUGUCGACAUUUCCAGGGUUGAAAGGCUGGCUUGGGGAGGUAGGAAGCCGGCCUACGCAGCGACUGCUGACUGGGAACUACGCAACUUACGUGCCAGCGGGUCUUGUGAGACCGUCCCAGUGGGAUGACAUUAUACGAGCAGCCGCGCAGCCAUGGGCCCCUGCCACGGCUUCGAAGGAGAGCAGGGACGAGAGAAUGAAGAAGCGGCAGAGAAGCCGAGGCGAAUGAUCAAAUGGUUCAUGAGCACUCUAGUGGGUAGGAAAUCGAGUUGGGGAGGUCACGGGCCAAAACAGGCGAAAGAAGUGUCUGGGAUUGACGAGGCUUUUGGGAACCGUGAGGACAGGUGUCAAAGCCUCGUGGGGAGCUGUGAGUUGGGGGAGAGGCGUGCUAGGCCGUUUUGGGCCAUUGGGCAAUUUCCUGUACGUAGAAAAGGGCCAAGGCCGCGGCCCUGACCAUCAUCACCAUCAUCUUCUUCAAGGAUCGGAUCAAGAACGGGGAGCUUAAGGGCUCUUUUCUUGAGAAGAUCUUCAUCACUAUCAAUUGAUCAUUUGCCCUUAUUA